CGCAAGUGUCGAAGUGCCGCACGAAGAGACGCACGCCGCGCUGUGAUCGUGCGCGAACCUGUGCCGCGGCCGCAACACGCAUUUGCCACGGGGAUCUCGUCACGGCCUUUCUCGACCCCCGCUCGACUUUCGCCUUCGAAACGUUCUCGUUCUAUACCGUCCACCCCCCGUCCCCCUUUGGGUCACUUAAUGUCUUAUCUUGUCCCCUGGUGAAACCGAGCGGUGAGUGACCUUGGACGAACGGCCCGUGGUAUGGUUGAAUCGAAAAGUUUAAAUUCAAACCCAACGAAAUUGUACAACGCAAACACGUGGGCCGUCUCGGGGUGAUGGGUGCCAAAAUGUAACGCCAAAGCAGUGUGACCAGCUAAGGAGUUAAAGUGUGUGAUUUAAGGAGGUUCAAACCCGAGUUCGGAUUGUGUCUUUUGUUCCGAUUGUCAACCCUUCCGCCGUUCGGUAGUUCGCGGAAGCGCCAUUAGAACCGCGCGCGUAAUCGACCAUCGACGCGGCGCGUGCUCUGUGUUGUGGUGCGUGUGUGUGCGUGUGUGUUCCCGUUGCGUUGUCACCUCUACCAACGCACCGGAUUAUGCGUGUGGCCGCUAGCCGUCGUUCAAAUAGAACCGAAUAAAAAUCAUAAAAAACGCAUCGUCGGGCGCCCAGUUUUUGGUGGUUCAGCAUAAUAUGCGUAACUUCGGUACGCACGCAUUUCCCUUUCGUUUUGCCGUUGACGCCAGUGUGUGUGUGUGUGUGUGCGCAUAUUAGGCAAUAGAUUCGACUCCCCGCGUGUGUCUCGCCGUAAUAGUUCGGCCUGUUGGCAAUCCAUCGUCGUUGGCGAAGGGAUUAGCUGUGGGGGCGACACUUUCGGUUUUGGGGACGAGCGUCUUUUUGGCGCCCAAGACGACGAUCGUCCGCGAUCAUCAUCCAUUGCCUCCUCUGUUGGUGAUCUUCUUGCGGUUGAAUGUACGAAUGACAGAAGCCGAGUCGCAGGCCGCAGACGGAAGCUGAGAAAGAAGCGCGUUUCAAGAUCAAUCAACCCCAAUCAAGUGCCCCCGGAAUUACGGAGUUAGCAACACGGGGCCCGAAACAACUUCUAAACAUCCAAAAGUUCAAGAAGGGAGCGGCACUACGCAAACACCGACGAAGACGAUGCACCGCGCUCAAGUGGCGUAAAUUGGCUGAUUGGUCCCGGCUGUAAGGUGUGCUUCGUCGUGAACACAUUUCCUUGACGAUUGCGCAGCAUAAGAGCUUGAUGAACGUUACAAACUCCGGCACUGGCAGCGUCCCGGUGGGUUGUCUAUUGUUUAGCGCCGCCGAUCCCAGCGGUGCGCUGAUCGAUAGCAACACCAGAAGCAACCUGGCGAUGGCGAUGGAACCGCCAAGGAUGUGGACAGGUGGCGAGCCUUCGUGUGGCUUUGCGGAAAGCAAACUACCGCUGACGGUCUGUGCCACGAUGGCGGCGGACAGUUACGAGGCGCCUAUGACGUCCAAAUCGAACGACGGAGCCGUCGCGGUGGACACUCCGAACAAUCGCAUUCGCAUGGCGCUGGGAGUGCUGAUCCGGCUGAUGCUUCCCCUGACGCACGGUGUAGCACGUGGCUGGAAAGGGCUCCGGGGCCUGAGUGUGCUCGCGCUGCUCCGGAAAGUGCGUGAAAGCCACGGACUGCUGACGACUCUGUUUGCCUUCGCCGCCAACACGGUUUCGAUGAGCCUGUCAUCGGUGCAAGUUGCCCACCGGAUCGAUCCGUUGCUGCGUGUAAUCAAACUGCGCAAGGACUCCUCCACCUCGACGGCGAUCAAGUCCGGACCGGAUCUGCAACCUGCCACCCCGCAUCAACUGCUCGCCGUAGCCCGAGUACCGCGUCCGCUAUCGGAGCAGUGUGUCGAUCUGGUGGUGCUGGCGGAACCUCCACCAGGCGAACCGAUCCGGGCGGAUAUUGUGCUCAUCCACGGACUGCACGGAUCGCUGGUCAACACGUGGAAGCAGGGUCUGUGGAACAGCGAAGGGCGCCUGGUUAACUUCGAGCGUCCGCCGAAACCUCCGUUGAGGCCUCCGAAACGGCAGCGCCAUUCGCGGGCGAACCUUUUCGGACCACCGCACAUUUCAAAGCGACCCAAGUUUGAUGCAGUACCGGCCGUUUGCGUUCCGGUGGACUUGGCGAGCGACGACAGCCUGUCGUCGCCCGAUGGCUACAACGAAUCCCGGUCCACGUCGUACGAAUACGCCCAGCAACGGUUUACGUACGAAUGCGGAGAACCGGACGAGGUGCACUUUGCCGACGACGUUGAGUACAGCUUUCCGACCUUCCGAUUGCGCCUUGAGGAACAGGAUGGUCGGACGCGUGGAAGCGAGGAGGUUCCGGAGUCGGUCUUCGUCGGUGCCCGGCCGAUCAGUGGCGGUAAGCGGAGGCUACCGAAACCGAAGAAGGAUGAAAACUGGUCCGCUUGUUGGCCAGGCGAUUGGUUGCCACUGGAUUGUCCCGGAGUGCGCGUGAUAGCCCUGAACUAUACCACCGAUCCGUACCUUUGGCGACCGGUGUGGAUCACCAAGCGGAAUAGAUCGAGUCUGGUGGAUCGUGCACGGGAGAUGAGCGAUCUUCUGAUAGCCAAGGGUGUCGGCCGGGGCCAUCCGAUCGUGUGGGUUGGCCACUCGAAGGGUGGCAUCUUUAUCAAGCAAAUCAUCGUGGACGCCUGGGAGAGUGGCCGUCCGGCCGCCGAACCACUAUGGCGCAUGUCCCGCGGCACGUUCUUCUAUUCCGUACCGCACCGGGGUUCGCCGCUGGCCGACUUUAAUCUGCCGUUGCUGCGGCAAUCGGUGGAGUUGCUGGAAAUACAGAAAAAUUGUCCAAGUAUUCUGGAACUACACAGUCGCUUCGUGGCCCUGUACCACAGUGGCCAGCUGAAGAUUGACGUGUUUAGCUUCGUCGAAACGGCCCUCACGCUUAUGUCCGUACUGUACCUGCGCAUCAUCGGGAUAGAUUCAGCUGAUCCCGGUAUCGGAGAGGUCUGUGGUGUGCAUCUGGAUCAUCGAGAAAUAUGUAAGCCUCGUAGCCGCGGAUGCAUUCUUUAUACGGAGCUGGUCAAAAUGAUCAACCGUGUAAGCUAAAGGGCAAGCCAGAUAGAGAGAGAGUUGCGGCGUGUUUGAAAGAGAUGAGGAAAGGAAUACAAGAGGACAGUGUCGUCCUUCAGGAGUGUUUAGCAGUCGCAAGUCGGAUAUUUGUUCUAAAAUAUUUUACUAAGAUUAAACGCAGUUACCACCAGAGAACAGGUUUUGCUCCGCGAAGAGGCGCCUCAUACCUCCGCGGACCGCGUAAUCAAGAAUGUCGACAGAAGGAAGUGUCCACCACCGGGACCCGAUGUUGUUUGUAUCGUUAUCGCUUGUUUUACCUGUUAUGUUUUAGUUAUAUGUUUCAUGCGUGUGUUUUAUGUUUUUUGUACCAUAACUUAACGAAGAACUAAGCCUAAGUCAACCCUAGAAGCUGCUGCAGCAAACAAUAAUUACGGUAAUAAGCGUGUGUUUGUGUGGUUCGAGAGACAGCAAAGCUGCUCCUGUGAAGGAUCGUGCGGGUUGGUGGUCCUUCGGCCAACGUAUGCCAGAUGCUAGUUUGUGAUACAAGGUUAGAAUUACCUAUUGUAAGGGAAAGAGCGAAGAUUAAGGAUCACGAGCCUAUUUGCCGAUCAUACUUCACUCUUUCCCACACGCUUCUCCCAAAGCCACCAGUCUGUCGAUCAGCAAAAAAGACGAAGAAUGCUAAUGAUAAAAA